UUGUCCAGCACCAUCAUGGACUCCGCGCUGACCGAAGCAGAAGAAGACUCCCUCCGGUUCUUGGUUCAACAUGACCCCACGCUCGCUACCAUUGCCGAUGGCCUCCGUAUCGACAUUGAGGACCACCCAAGCUAUGUACGAGGAAUGGUCUCCCUUAUCGACACUGUAGCUGUCAACAUGGCCAUGGAACAGCUCAUGAAUCGCACAUGUCUCGGCGUUCACCUUUUUGCGCUUGGGGGUUUUAAUCUCCUCUUCCUCGUUGUCUUCAACGACAAGACUGACGUUCUUGUUCGCUUCCGGAUGCCCGAUACCUGCAGCUACCUCGUGCGGACGUGGAAACUCCCAUGGCAACCUGUCGAUUCCAUUCAGUGUGAGGUUGCUACAUACUCUUUUCUGCGGCGCAGGACCCAGAUUCCUGUGCCCGAAGUCUACGGUUGGAGCACAACAGGCUCUGAGCUUGGCGCACCCUACCUCGUCAUGUCCCGUAUCCAGGGCGUCCCCUUAUCCAUGGAGGAGAGCCCAGUGUUCCUCGAUCGAAUUGCUGAACAGCUGGCGGGAUUCGAGAAUCAACUAUGCGAAAAUCCACUCCCUCAGAUAGGUUCCCUCGUCGACGAGACGGGUACCGUUGGGCCCCUGGUCUGCGAGGGAAACGACCGCUUCGUCCCCGAUCAGCGAGGUCCUUUCUCCACCUCCAAAGAGUUCAUACUGGCAUACAUCGAGCAUGAGCUGGCGGUUCUGCGUGACGAGGAGACGUGGUUGAAGAUGCGUGCGGUCUUGGCUGAAAGGAAUGGCGGAGUUGGCGCACUCCCAAAGGCCUAUGCGACGGCCUGGUUGUCCUUGCUGCAGGCCGCGAUUCUCCAAGUGCCGGACGGUCCCAGCCCAGAGAUCUUUCGCCUCGCCCACGUCGAUGUCUUCGAACAGAACAUUAUCCUUCGUGCUCCGGACGACCCGACAAUCGUCGGUGUGAUUGACUGGCAAGGAGCACGUGUCCUCCCGCGCUGGGACGAGCGAUCCGGCUUGAAUCUCACCAUGCUCUCCAAAGAUCUGCCGGAAGAAGAGGGAGUCCGCUUGCAGACCGUCUACGCCGGUGCGCAAGAACAUCCGGAUUCCGAUUUGCCAGCCUUCCCGUGGCAGCCACUGUUUGUCUUUCUAGAGAGCAAACCCACAUGGACCAGGGCUAGACGAAAUGGCCGCGACAGCCGCGACAUGGCCGCGACACAGCCGCUGCAGAGCCGCCGCAGGGCCGCGACAUGGCCGCGACAUGGCCGCAACGACUGUCACGCUCCAUUGCAGUUGGCCGCAAAGCUUGCCAGUGGCCACACAAAUGACAAAUGGUAA